AUGGAGAGUGCUUUGAAGAAUAGCAAAAAGAGAAAAUCACUGAAUUCCGAGGAGAUUCACUCAAAACGGUCGAGAGGGAAGGAAAAUACGCCUGACUUUUCACAGGAUUGUAAGGCUGGGAAAAUAAAAAAAAUUCUUGUGCGAAAUUUUAUGUGUCACGACGCUUUGGAAGUCGUAUUAAAUCCAAAUGUGAAUUUUAUUGUUGGCCGUAAUGGAAGUGGUAAAAGUGCAAUAUUGACAGCAUUAACUGUUGGUCUUGGUGCCAGGGCAAAUGUCACUAGUCGUGGAGCAUCUGUAAAAGGCUUCAUAAAAAAGGGCAAAAAUACAGCCACAAUUGAAAUUACAUUAUUCAAUAAAGGACCAAUGGCAUAUAAGCCAGAUACUUAUGGAGAUUCAAUAAUAGUCUUACGUACUAUUGGAAGUUCAUCCUCUUAUAAAAUAAAAAAUUGGAGAGGAGACGUGAUUUCAACAAAACGAAAAGAGCUUGACAAUAUACUACGAGCAAUGAAUAUUCAAAUAGACAAUCCCAUUUCAAUUCUGAAUCAGGACAUAUCAAGAACAUUUUUAGUGUCAUCUAAGCCAGAGGAAAAGUAUGAAUUAUUUAUGAAAGCAACACUUUUGGAUGUGAUUGGCAAUAAUUACAAAGAGGCCGACUUAAUAUGUCAAGAGGAAUACAAAAAAUUGCAGCAGUAUAACGAAGUCUUGUCAGAGGUCAGAAAAGAAGUAGAGAAACUUAAAAGUGACAUAAACAGAGCGGAAGAAAUUGAUAAAUUAUGUGACGAAGUAGUUGAUCUUGACAAGGAGUUGGUUUGGUCAGUUGCUCUGGCAGAAGAAACAAAAUUGCAUAAAGUGGAAGAAGUUUUUAAAAAAUGCGAAGAUAGUCACAAACAACUAGUGGAUACUGAGUCCUCUGUGGAUUCAAAAAACGAGGAAAUAAAUAAGAAAAUUGCAGAUUUAGAAAAGGAAAUUAAAGUCGCAGAGCAGGCAGUCGCCGACGAUUCCCAAGAAUAUAACAAAGUUAAGCAAGACUAUAGUACAAAUAAAGAUACACAUUCCAUCAAAGCAAGGGAGUGGCGUUCUGCCCAAAGUAAGAUUAAGCGAUUGGAAGAUGAUAUUAAUAUGAUCAGAAGAGAAAUACAUCGAUUAGAAAGCGGUGACAAUGCAGAACAAAGCGAAAGGAAUGAAAUGAAACAACAGUUAACAAAUUCUGAGCAGAAAUUGGACGAAGUGGAAGCUUUAUUAAAGACUAAACAGACCCAUCAAACGCAUUUAGAAACCGAUAAAAUGCGUUUGCGAAAAGAGAUCGAAUCUUACAAAAUUGAAAUAAGCAGCUCCGAAAAUCGUAUACAGAAAAUCAAACGUGAAAUAACUGUCAGAAAACAGCACGCCGAUAACGCGUUGACGGUGUUUGGACGAAACAUACCACGUCUCCUGAGAAGGAUAGAGGAAGAGUAUAAUAGUAGACGAUUUAAGGAAAAGCCACGGGGCCCACUUGGGGCGUACAUAAAAAUGAAGGAUCCAGCAUGGGCACCAGCGGUUGAAGAUUAUUUGGGAGCUGGUACCUUCAGUACAUUUUGUGUAGACAACAGUCACGAUGCCAAAUUAUUGAACACGAUUAUGAGGGAGAUUUAUCUGAACGAACGAACACCACAGAUAAUAUGCAGCAAAUUCUAUAACAAAGUUCAUAAUGUCGAAGCUCAUUGUACACGGUCACCCAACUAUUCUAAUCUCUUAGAUGCAAUGGAGAUAUCAGAUCCUGUUGUUGCCAACUGUCUGAUCGAUCAACGCGAGGUUGAAUGCGUUUUACUAAUCCCAACCAGUAAGGAAGCAGCUGACAUAAUGUCUGAUGCUUCGAAAGUCCCGCGAAAUUGCAAGAGAGCCUUUACUCAACAAGCCGACACAUUUUACCCAGACCCAUAUUAUAGGAGUUACGGUGGACCGAGGGGCUUGAAAGCCAGAUUUCUUCAAGUUUCUGUUUCGGACGCAAUUAAUAUAUUGGAGGAAGAAAUUCGUAUGAUAGAUAGCGAAAGGAAAGCAGCUGCUCAGUCAUACGCCACAGCUUGCGAAAAGGAAAAACGUACAAAUUCUGAAUUGGCAUCUGUCAGUGCCCAGGUUAGGAAACUUAACAGUGUCCAAAGUCAGUAUAAAGGACAAAUUAAUGAUUUGAAAGAUAAGAUUGAAGCCAAUGAAGCGAUAUCCAUUACAGUAUUUAAAAACGAAUUAAACGAGUUGGAGAAGAAGUUAGACGAAGAAAAAUGCGAAGAGUCUCGUUUGAAUAAUAGUGUUCAGGAACUUCAGAAAAAAGUAAAUGAUUUGGAGGCAGAGAUUAGGCGUCACAGAGAAUUAAGGCAGAGCCUGGAUUCGAAGAUCAGCCCACUAAAGGCAAGUAUACAACAACUGCAAGACGAGAAGGAAGCGUUGCGAGUAAAGAGUCGACAUUCUGCGAAAAGGUUACAGGCGCUCCGCCAAGCCUUGCAAAAUGCAACUGCAGAACUCGAAAUGCAACAGAGGGCUACGCAAAAGGCAGUGUCAGAUGCUACGAAUAAAUGUGAUAGAAUUGAAACUGCAAGAUCUCCCAAUGAACUUGACAGACUGGCCAGAGAUUUGAAAUCGAAAAUUCGCGAAAUAGAACGACAGUUUGGUACUAUAGAAAAACUGCGUAAAGAAUUAAAAGAAAAGGAAGCGAAAUGUGGAAAAGAUUUACGUUUGGCUUCUAAAAUUGAGGAAAGUCAUCAAGUACAUCUUCAACGUUUACGAACGCGAAAGCAAUUAUUUUCUGAAAUGAAAGAUAGUUAUGGAGUCAGCAUACAACAUUCUUUUUCGAACGUACUCGCCUUACGGAACAAAAAGGGUACCAUAAGUAUCGACCAUGGCAGGAGAAUACUUGAACUUGAAGUGAAUUCGCAGAACGACAAUAAAAGGUCAACCAAUGAUGCAAGAUCAUUAUCCGGCGGUGAAAGGUCUUAUUCGACCGUUGCUUUUAUUUUAGCGCUUUGGGACUGUACCGGUUUGCCUUUUUAUUUCCUCGAUGAAUUCGACGUUUUUAUGGAUAAGGUAAACCGGCGAAUCAUAAUGGACAUUCUUUUGGAUCAUACCAAGAUGCAUCCGCAAAGUCAGUUCACAUUUCUGACUCCACUGGAUACAUCUAACGUCCUUGCAGAAGACUACGUAACUAUACAUCAGUUAGCGCCGCCAGAAAGAGGAAGUCAGGAUCAAGCUACUGUUUAGUUAUAUAUUACUAUUUUAUAAACAACUUCAGUUAUUAUUCUCAGGAUACA